UUCUCUCUCUCUCUCAGCACAGAGCUCUCCCAUCCUAUAGCCCUGCGAAGUCGGGAUCGAACUUUUCUUUCUCUAUGAACUUCGUGCUUCACUUUUAAAACUUCUUUCUCUCCCUCUAACUCUCUCCUUUUUAAUUUUAUUUUAAUUUUAUUUACUGUGAACGAUGUUUCGGUCCUUCUUGUUGUGCGUGGCCGCAGCGUCGUUGCAGGCAGAUGCGCAGAUAACCAGCCGCUAUGUUGUCGGAUGCCCCUCCGUGUGCGACAAAUCCAUGUGUCCCCGUCUGCCCGCGGACUGCCCGGCGGGACAAGCCCUCGACGUCUGCCAGUGCUGCACGGUGUGCGCGUCCGGCGAGGGGGAGGCAUGCGGCGGCGGCGGCAAGCUCGGCGACCCGACGUGCGGAGACGGGCUGGAGUGCUCCGUGUCCGGCGGAGUGGCGUACAGCGUGACGGUGCGGAGGAGAAGCAAGAGCGGGAUCUGCGCGUGCAAGACCACGGAGCCGGUGUGCGGGAGCGACGGGGUGUCGUACCGGAGUAUCUGCGAGCUGAAGAGGGUGAGCCGGCGAGCGCAGAAGCUGCAGCAGCCACCUGUUCUCUUCAUUCAGCGGGGAGCCUGCGGGAAAGCUCAGGACAAUCCAGACAGCCCGAGGCACAGAUACAACUUCAUCGCCGACGUGGUGGAGAAAAUCGCUCCCUCUGUGGUUCACAUUGAACUUUUCCGCAAGAUGACUUACUCCAAGCGGGAGGUCGCUGUGGCCAGUGGCUCCGGUUUCGUUGUGUCAGAAGACGGCCAGAUUGUGACCAAUGCCCACGUCGUGGCCAAUAAACACAGGGUGAAAGUGGAGCUAAAGAGCGGCGCCUCCUACGACGCCAAAAUCAAAGACGUGGACGAGAAGUCAGACAUAGCCCUCAUCAAGAUUGAUGUACCGACCAAACUUCCUGUUCUGUUAUUGGGCCGUUCGUCUGACCUGAGGCCGGGGGAGUUUGUAGUCGCCAUCGGCAGCCCAUUCUCUCUGCAGAACACGGUCACAACGGGGAUCGUCAGCACCACUCAGCGGGGCGGCAGAGAGCUUGGUCUCCGAAACUCCGACAUGGACUACAUUCAGACGGAUGCCAUUAUCAAUUACGGUAACUCUGGAGGGCCUCUGGUAAAUCUGGAUGGCGAAGUGAUUGGGAUCAAUACGCUGAAAGUGACGGCCGGCAUUUCCUUCGCCAUUCCUUCGGACAAGAUUCGACAGUUUUUGGCGGAGUCAUAUGACAGGCAGUCCAGAGGGAGAACAGAGGCCAAAAAGAAAUAUAUCGGAGUGAGGAUGAUGACUCUUACGCCGUCGUUAGCCAAGGACCUUAAAACUCGACAUCAUGACUUCCCUGACAUCACCUCAGGAGCCUAUGUGAUGGAGGUUAUUGCAAAAACACCCGCUGCAAUUGGCGGGCUCAAGGAGCACGAUGUCAUCAUCUCCAUCAACGGCCAGAGGAUUUCGACAGCGACUGAUGUCAGCUCCGCCAUCAAGAGCAACGACACCCUGAAAAUAGUUGUACGCCGCGGCAAUGAGGACGCCAUCCUCACUGUUGUUCCAGUGGAGAUUGACCCUUGACCCUUCAAAAGGAGCUGGAGUUAGGUUUAACUUAUCAUCCAGAGGACCUUAUACAGCGGGGACCUUCAGCUGACCCGCCCAUCUGUGACUAAAGGCCCAGCGGCGCCACACACCCAUCCAGGGAAACUCCUGGCUGUGCCUUGACAGGAACGACUGUACAGACGCUCUAAAAGUUGUGCUGUACUUUGGUUUUUCUGCUUAUGUCUUCACUUUUAGCCCUUAAUAAUGCUUUUAUCAAUGCUACUACUGUUUGAUCAGAAACAUAAAACAUUGGUUAUUAUCUUAUUAUUUGUCUUUUUAACGUGGACUGUAGCUCAGUGAGACCCGCUGCUUUUUUUAAGCAAUGCCGAAACUCGCUGAGCAAAUCUGAUUUGUACAAUUGUUUUGGGUUUUUUUUAAGACUCCUUUGUCAAUGUACUGUACAAUGUUGUUUUUAAAUAUGUUAUGUAUACAGAAAUGAAAAUAAAGGAUUUACCAACAUU